AUGGAGUUCUCUCUUGUGCCCAGUCUAACCAGCAUCAAUGACCUGACCAUCGCCAGCACACCGCUUCUCAACUCCCGCAGUUCGCGGAGAAUGGCUACGGAAGAUGCACACUACGACGAGAGCAAUGGUACCAUUUCACAGUCGGACGGCAUAAGCGACCUCACAGCAUCAGCAACUCAUCAACCUGUGCCAAAUCGCUCGGGAUUGACCAACUACUAUCACCAACAAGGACAGCGCCACACCUCGGGAGUCUCUGUUCCAGGAAACGCGCGUUCGAGCAUGGGCGACGACUCUGUCUCUCCAAGUUCCUCAGGAACCACUUUUCCCCAUGAAAGGCCACCGAUUCUCCCCGAGUUCUUUACGAGUCCUGUCACCAGGGACAGCACGACCAGUCAGGAACCCAACCAGCCUUCCCAGAGCCUCCACCAUCGCCAUCCGGGAAGAGACCCAGGAGUUCGACUUGCGCCAGUGGAGAUGGUCCUGGAUGAGGGGCGCGCGUACCUUGUUCAUCAAGGUGGCAUGUCUUGCCAGUGCUGCCCGCAAGAGAAUGGCCACGCCUGCACUGAGUGCCAUGCUCCUAGGACUCUGUACCAGGCAUGGCAGCCACUCGAACAGCAGCACGACUACUGGCAAAACCCCGACCUAAGCCUCCCAAGAUGGUUCAGAUAA